AUUUAUUUUAAAAACGAUGGAGUUGUCUGCCUUUUGAGAGAGAAAAAGGGGUCACGGCGGCGUGAAAGGGGAUUCUUCAGCCUCAGUGACUUGAAGUAAACGCAGUACUGUUUUUUUAAAAAAAAAUAUCUUUGGGUUUUUUUCGCGAAAGAGUCUUUAUUUUAAUUCUCUUUCCUUUAGGUCUGUGUUUUUUUUUUUCCUUUUAAACCCUUUUGUGUCUCUCUGCCCGGUAUAAAUGAAAACGGUUUGGUGGGGUUUUUAAUUAAGGAUGGAUGGGUCACAUCGGACGGUCCACGUUUAUUUCGCUGCACCGCAAUUGAUCGAUUUGGACAGGAUUGUGUGUGUCCUUAUCGCUGGUUAUAAAGGAACACCUCUGCUCCAGAGGGCCGACCCUUUGCACAGAGGUAAUAUGGAUUUGUUUUGAUUUAUUUUAUUUGAGAACGGACAAAAUAUCGUUUUGCUCCCUUUACUCUUCGUCGUUGGUACUCGUAUUACUUGGCACUUAUCAAUCGCACGCUUUUUGAAGUCUCUUGGCCGAAAAGGAAGCUACUGCAACUACAGCUUUUGAUUUCGACAUUUUGCAAGGUUUUUGUGUAACAAUGUCGGAAAGCUCGGAUAAGAUUUCAUCUUUAUUGCGCCCUCCUAAAAAUGGUACCAAUUCCAGCUCGGAUACCACGAUUGGGGAACGUUUAGGAGCAAGUUUGCUGACAAGAAAGGAAGACAACACCAUCAUGAGGCGGAGGCAUACUAUGGACAAGGACAGCAAAACUGAUCACCAACGUUUCUUCAGAAGGAGUGUGCUCUGCGAUUCCAACGUUACUGCAUUGGACCAUCUGCCCAGCAAAACCAGUUUUAUCGCCUCGCCACCCGAAUCGGAUAAUACAGCUUUAUUAAUAAGUAGUGUCACUCAAAAUAACGCGGCGCAACCUUCGAUAAAGGCAGCUACUGUUGCCCCAGUCUUGCCUGCAGUUCCUGUAAUCGCCGAAGAAAAAUACGAAAAUUGCAGUGAUAGCAAUUCAAAAGACGGAAGUACACCCGCGGGAAUCGGCGAUGUUGGACCCGGGGCAGACAUUUGCAACCAUGUCGAGGCUACAGUCACCAGUAGUGCUAAUAAAGACAGAAAAAAGCAAAAAAGUGUCGCAAUCAAUCAGGAAAUCGAGCAGAAAAUCUGCGAAGAGGACAGCGCGGAAAGCCGAGAAGCGGAGGAGGCAAGAAACCUCGAGAGAAAGGCACAGGAGGAUAAUGAAGAAAUAGAGACAAAGGCAGUGGGCACUUCUCCUGACGGGAGGUUUUUGAAGUUUGACAUAGAAAUCGGGAGAGGAUCUUUCAAAACUGUAUAUAAAGGUUUAGAUACGGAAACGACCGUGGAAGUUGCUUGGUGUGAAUUGCAGGAUCGGAAGUUGUCAAAGUCAGAACGGCAGAGAUUUAAAGAAGAAGCUGAAAUGCUGAAGGGUCUGCAGCAUCCAAAUAUAGUGAGAUUUUAUGACUCAUGGGAAUCAACAUUAAAGGGAAAAAAAUGUAUAGUACUUGUCACAGAAUUGAUGACAUCAGGUACUCUGAAAACAUACUUGAAAAGGUUUAAGGUGAUGAAGAUAAAGGUCCUUCGAAGUUGGUGUCGUCAAAUUCUGAAGGGUCUUCACUUUCUUCACACUCGUACACCGCCCAUCAUCCAUCGUGAUUUGAAAUGUGACAAUAUUUUCAUAACUGGUCCAACAGGAUCUGUCAAGGUUGGAGAUCUUGGCCUCGCUACAUUAAAAAGGGCUUCGUUUGCCAAGAGUGUAAUCGGUACCCCUGAAUUCAUGGCUCCUGAGAUGUACGAAGAGAAAUAUGACGAAUCUGUUGAUGUUUACGCAUUUGGGAUGUGUAUGCUGGAGAUGGCAACAUCAGAAUAUCCAUACUCGGAAUGCCAGAAUGCUGCUCAGAUAUAUCGUAGAGUAACCAGUGGUGUUAAGCCAGCUAGCUUUGACAAAGUCGCAAUCCCUGAAGUUAAAGAAAUAAUUGAAGGCUGUAUCCGGCAGAAUAAAGAUGAACGGUAUGCCAUCAAAGACCUUUUGAGCCACGCCUUCUUUCAGGAAGAGACUGGUGUGCGUGUAGAAUUGGCAGAAGAAGAUGACGGUGAAAAACUUGCAAUUAAACUAUGGUUGCGAAUUGAAGACAUUAAGAAGCUUAAAGGAAAAUACAAAGAUAAUGAAGCCAUAGAAUUCUUGUUUGACCUGGAAAGAGAUGUUCCGGAGGAUGUAGCACAGGAAAUGGUGGAAUCUGGAUUUGUGAGUGAAGGAGAUCACAAAACCAUGGCCAAAGCUAUCAAAGAUCGGGUGUCUUUGAUCAAACGGAAACGGGAGCAACGUCAGUUGGUGAGGGAAAAGCAAGAGAAGAAGAAGCUGGAGGAGCAGCGAGAGCAGCAGAAGAAAUCUGAUCAACUACAGCAGCAAAAAUCACAGCAAGGAGCCAGUGUAUCUCAAACUGGGGUGGGAGUUGCUCAUUCUUCCCAGUUGCCUGCCACUGCUGUCCCUUCUGCACUCCCCGGAACCCUUCCAACCCAAGUUGAGCCGGAAGAGCCUGAAGCAGAUCAGCACCGACUGCAGUACCAUCCAUCUGGAAACUCAGCUGCAUCUGAUGGCACCUUUGACAGUGGCCAGAGUUCAUCUGGAUUUUCAGAAUCACAUGGUAGUCAAACUGUUUCCUAUGGUUCUGCUCAAGAACAGCACAUUCCAUCGAGCCAGGUCCCUGCAUACAGCCCACCACAUGUCCAGGCGGCAGUGGUGCAGCAGCAACAAACACUUGGCUAUCAACAGCCUGUUGGGGCCCAAAUGCAGAGUCAGCCACCUCCAACCAGUCUUCCUCUGGGCGUGACAUCUCAACAAGUCUCUUCACAGCCUCCAGGAAUUUCCACGCAACAGAUGAAUCAGUUUGGCAGUUGUUACUACACCCCAGCGUAUCUUCCACAGGUAGUACAGCAAACACAUCAACCCGGACAAUACCCGCAUCAAAUGACGAUAUCUAGUGGGUCCAUCCCAGGUCAACCAAUUCCUCAAUCCCAGGUCCAAAUGCACGCUACUCAGCAGGGUGCUCCUUUAACACAGAAUUAUCCCACACAGUUGGCAGGGAGUGGUCCAAGUCCUGCAAAGUCUUCUGUGGGUGUUCAAUUUGCCGUGGUUUCUCCGCCCCUUCCAGUUUCCACAGACAUAUCUCAGCCAAUUUCACAACCAACACAUCACCUUGUUGGCCCAACUCCCACAGGAGUAACACAGUCAUAUGGGGAACCAACAACAAUGAGCCAUACAACUGUACAGGCAAUAAUGUCCCAGCCAAGUGUCAGCACUGCUCAGCAGAAUCAGACAGGGUUACAGACACAAGUGGUCCAAGAGAUGACUCAAAUCCCGUCACAGAUCUUGCCUGCAGAACACUUGUCACUAAACCAGUUGUGCUCAUCUGUGGACAGUGCUCACUCUGAUGUUGCAUCUGGGAUGAGUGAUGGAAAUGAAGGCUUUCCAACAAGUGGAAGACAUGAAGGAAGAUCUACAAAACGGCAUUGUCGAAAAUCUGUAAGGAGUCGAUCACGGCAUGAAAAAAUGGCCAGACCCAAAUUGAGAAUUCUUAAUGUCUCAAACAAAGGAGAUCGGGUUGUGGAAUGUCAGUUGGAAACGCACAAUCGAAAAAUGGUUACUUUUAAAUUUGAUUUGGAUGGUGACAAUCCCGUGGAGAUAGCAAUUAUUAUGGUUCAAAAUGUAUUCAUCUUGGAGACUGAACGAGAAUCGUUCAUUGACCAGGUGCGUGAAAUUAUUGAGAAGGCAGAUGAAAUGUUGAGUGAAGAUCCAAGUGGGGAGCCAGAAGGAGAUCAGGGAUUCGAGAUCCAAGCCCAAGUUGCUGCUUGCUUUGAUCAAGCACAGAAAGCAGAGAACCAGUACAUUCAGCCAGAACCCAUAAUAUAUGCGCCAACGCAGUUAGGUGCACAGGCAGGUUCUGCAAUGCAGGUGGUACAUUCUGCUGGAAGACGGUUUAUUGUUAGUCCUGUGCCUGAGAGUCGAUUACAAGAACCAUCGUUUGUCAGUCCCAGUGCAUCGUCACAAAAGGAAAGUUCAACAACAGCUGUUUCUCACAGCCACAACCUACAACUCUCACAUUCAGCUACUUCUGUGAGUUUGCAACAGGCCUUUGCAGAAUUAAAACAUAAACAGGUCAAAGAAGGUCCGAACACAGCUCCUCCAGUUUUCAAUCAAACCAUGACACUUUUUCCUGCGGUACAUCCUGAAAUGACUAGCAUUGGAGGAGGCGUAAUCCCUGCACAAACUAUGGUGGCAUCCUCAACACCAGCUUGUGGAGCAGCUGCUAGUUCUGCACCUCAAGGUGUGACCCAGACUGUUCAAGCACACCCACUUCAGCAAUUGGCUGGUGAGGCUAUUGCUAGUGGAAGUGCCCCAAGUUCGAUAUCACCACCUUUGCUUUCACAGCCAGCUCAGCAGUUGAUUGGGGGUCCUGUUGUUAGUGUUAGUGUUCCAUAUUGUUUAUCCUCACCUCUGACCUCCCAAUUAAGUCAGCAGCUGAUUGGUGGACCUGUUGCAACUGUUACCACUGCAAGUUCAGCAUCUCCACCGCUAGGGUCACAAGUGACUCAGCAUGCAACUGGAGGGGCUUCAAUCGGUGCUGCAAAUUCAGCAACUGCAUCCCCACCUUCAACUCAAACUGUGAUAUCACAAGCACCUCAGCAACCAACUGGCGGAACUGUAGUGAAUCAUCUUGAAUCUUCAACUCCACUGACUGUAUUGCAAGGCCAGACUGAGAUGUUGUAUACCACCGCCCAAACAGAAGUCCAACAUAUGGGAAGUAAUGGCAUGGUUUUGCCGGUUUCCACAUCUCCACCAUGUUUAUUACAACCGAUUUCUGGCAUCCAGACUCCUGCUGGUCAACCAUUUGUGGUGCAAACUGUUGCCGCACAGAACUCUACCCUACCUCAGACCAUGGGCCUGGCAACCCAAAUUUCUGUACCUGGCACAGGAUCUGUGCAACCUGUUCCCAGUAUCCCUUCUGUUCAACAGACUUUGAUUCAUGGUCAACCACAACCGGCUUUUCUCCCAAACCAACCCCUUGUUCACUACUCUGAAGCAGAUCUUGAAUUGAAUGCCAAAGGAACUGGCAUUGAUGAUAUCAAAACCUUGGAUGAAAAGCUUCGGUCAUUGUUCAGUGAGCACGGUACUGCAGGUUGUGCUCAUGUUUCUGCUCCCCCAGAGACUGGAUUGAAUCCGGACACUGCCACAGUUGAUCAAAACCUACCCAUUGCAGGAAAAAUGUCAGGUGUCCCAGGGACUUCAGGAACCGUUCCGGCCACAUCUUAUUCUGCAACCACCACAGCGCCUGCUGUACCACCUGCCAGCCUGCCGCUUGGCCCCACAGGACUUCCGCUGACUGUCCAGCAGCCUUUGACUCCUGCCAGUUAUGCAGCAGUUGUCCAGCUGCCCAGCGCAGGCUCCACUGCAGGGCGACCAGGCACGCCACCAUCCAAACCAUCACUUAGUAGAUUACCAGUACAACUAAGCGCGGAAGCUCUUGACCACCCACUAAGACAGGCUCUCACUCCACCCACUGAGCAGUUACCACCUUUUCCAGGACCUUCACUAACCCAGUCGCAGCAGCCUUUGGACACUCUGGAUGCCCAACUGAGACGAGCUUUGAGUCCAGAGACUGUAACAAAUGUGCCAGUUGGUAUCGGUUCAGUGCAGUCGUCUCAGGGUUUGGUUUCAGUGAGUGGGUCUGGAGUGCUCACCGGACAGAGUUCAACAACAACAGGGUUCCCAGGUGAAGGUCAAGUUCAGAUGACGGGCGAGGAACUGACUGCCUCAGAAGACAAACCAAUCUGUCCUGUGGCACAAUCAAGGUCCCAAGAGGAAGGAGCCACAGCAUCAACUGCUGGCACAGGAGUUAGCGUUAAAAUGGGUCGAUUUCAGGUAUAUGUUGCAACAGAUGAUGUCUUACCUCAAGGAGUAGAUAAGCAAGGAGAGAGUAGCAAGAAGCCUGUCUCCGAUGAAUCUUCCUUUUCUGGAAGCAGCCCUGAAAGUACAGUAACAAAACAGUCUGAUUGUAUCAUUCCUGAAGACAUGGUAGAUAGUGCCCCAGUACCUCGAAAUGAACAGAGCAAAACGCAACAGCAGCAACAGCAGGAGGCAACCCAGCAGGCAACAAUAGGUCGAUUUCAGGUCACCACAAGACGAGACACAGUUGGGCGUUUUUCUGUGGAAAGGACGCAAGAUGAGGUAACCUAUGAAGCUGGAAAGGCAGAGGUUCCUGGCCCUCCUCUGAAUACUUUACAUGGUGCACUUUCAUCAGUGCAAUUUGAUCAGACUGGUACUUCAGGUCAGUUUUUACCAUCGAAAGAAUCAUUUGGGUCAGAGCAAUAUCUACAUACCAAUGGACCUGUUCUAUCAGAAGCUGGACAGUUGCCUUACUCAAAGGAGCUGGAUGAAAAACAGGCUGACGAUAGUGCAGGGAGUCCUAUUUCUCCUCAGUCACCAGAUUCCAAGGGUACUAUUCCCAUACAGAACCUCAGCAAUUCCUUUAACUCCUCCUACAUGAGUAGUGACAAUGACUCAGAAAUCGAAGAUGAAGAUAUGAGGAAGGAGCUGCACAGACUGAGGGACAAACAUUUAAAGGAAAUUCAGGCGUUACAAUCACGUCAGAAACAGGAGAUUGAGGAUCUCUACAUAAAAUUGGGCAAGGUACCCCCAGCAGUGAUUAUUCCACCUGCAGCUCCCCUUUCUGGACGUCGCAGACGACCCACCAAAGGAAAAGGCAGCAAAUCGAGUCGGAGCAGUUCCCAGGGUCCAAAGAGCCCCCUACUUCCAGGCUCCUUUGCUGCUCAGAGUACUGCGUCAAUGUUAACACCACAGCAGACUCUGUUGCUUCCUCCAAAUACUCAUGAGAUGGCAUUUUCAGAACAAGGUCAGUUGUUGAAACCCUCGCCAUCCAGUGAAAAUUUGUACUCUGCCUACACCAGUGAAGGGGUGAUUUCUGCCCAAAGUGUUACUGCUACUGGACAGGGCUCGGCAGCGUUUCACUGUGCAUCAGAGCAAGUGACUUUUAAACUUGGCGGCAGAAGGACAAGGUUUCUGAGGAAGAUGGUGAAAAAAGUCUGCCCCUGCAACCAACUGUGUAGAACAACCAGCACAAAUGCAGUAAGUGGUGUUGGAGGACAGGCACCUCAGCAACAGGCAGCCAUAACAACAAGUAAGAAAGGAACCUUUACCGAUGACUUGCACCAGUUGGUGGACAACUGGGCUCGCGAUGCUAUAAACCUCUCACAGAACAAACGUGGCCCAAAGCAGCAAGGUCCGCAAGGCCAGCAUUACUCUGAAACAAUGCCAAGGAAGUAUUCAGCACCAGGGCAUCUCUGUGUCUCCAUGACUAACUCUGUGGGAGGUCCUUCCAUUUCGGCUGCCUCAGUCAGUUCUUUGGGACCUUAUGGCAAGACUCCCAUCUGCCACCCGUAUGGUUAUCCUGGAGGACCUUACAGUGCCCAGUGGACUGGAGCACCACCCCAGCAGCAACCAGGCAUUAUUCAACCUUCACCAGGCCUCGGUCAGUUUCCGGCAGUUGGAGCCACUUCACUACAGAGCUUUCCUUUGGGCACUUUGCAGAAAUCUGUCAGCAACCCCUCUGGAUCCAAUCUUAGGACAACGUAGAUACACAGCUCCAGUUUUGGACUAGCGUGAUCAAUGGACUGCAUGGAAUUCAAGGUUAAAAGGCCUCUACUGAUGUUGUUGGGGAUAGGUCAUAGAGCUUUAAAGCAUACAAGUGGCUGACACUGCUUUUAUAUUCACAGCAUCAUUUGAGAGCUAUUUUACUAGUUCUAUUUCAAACAGCGUUCCGUGCGGACAUGUAUUUAACCAUCAGUUUUUGAUGUUGAAACACUGUGAUAUAUAAAUGUUGUUGGACAACAGUAGUUAAAAGUGGAUUUAGAGGGUUUAAAAUUUAAAAAGACAAAAAAACUAAAGCUAGCUAUAAUCCAUACUUAUCAGAGACACUUUAACUUCAUUUGUUACUUCAUUGUAUUAGGUAAAUAAAUGUGAAUGUAAAAUUGUAUAAAUGUACUUGAAGACCUGUUUUCCCAGUAUGCUUGCUGGAUUCAUAGUGCCUUGUAUUGUGCUUCUGACUUGUCUGCAGGAAAGCACUUAGUGUCCCCAGCAGAGGAGAGAGGAAGAGAGCAGGUGAAGGUGGAGUUGUGGUAGAGUGGCUCACUCGUACGUACCUACAACAGAGCUUUUGUUGUUACCAGUGACUGAAAUACAUACACCAGUCUGUAAAUCUGCCCCAAUCUUUGUCUUUCACUGCCUCCCAAGUGGCAGUCUUUUAAUUUCUAAAAGAUGGAGUUGCUUAUGACCAAAUUAGGAAUGAUUGGAGUUUUGUUGUGCAGAUCCAGAUUCAGGGGCAGGAUUGUGAGAGGUUGCAGCAAAUGCUGUUGCUUCCACAAAGGCAUUGACAGUGGUGUACAGUCAUCAGGUCCCAAACUGUUUAUGCCCAUAAAACGUUGUUUGUAGUACAAAUAAGUGAGACUGAAAUAAGUUUCACCUUUCCCCAAGAACUCUUUUGAGUUUCUUUGUCAAAAAUCAGUGGCGGUGUGUCUACCAUGAAUAAUUCUGGUUGUGAUUCUUAAUUCCAAUUUACUAUAGUUUCUGCAGUGACCUUAUUCUGAAAUGUCAUUAUUUAUACUAAUAAACAUUUUGUCUGGUCGUUGGAUGUUUUGUUCAAUGAGGCUAUCAGAAGUCUUACAAGCCGGCAGAGGAAAAUGUUUUCAACCUGAAUACUUGAGAAAUGUGAAAAACAGUUGCUAGUUUUAUUUUCACAGUUAUUUUACAAUCGUUCCCUGAAAGAUCUUUCAGAAACUCCUGUUUUUUUCAAUAGAAAGAAACUAUUAUAUUGAUCCAAACGAUCCAACUAUUAAAUUGAUCAAUAAUUUUUGUCCAUUAGUGACAAUAUUAGCGCAAAUACUUAAAUUUAAAUAAAAGUUAUAAUUUAAGACCUCAGUGAUUUGUAACAUAAGUUUCUUCCAUUUCUUACAUUACUCUCCAAUCUUUCUGGGUAUAUUUUUUUCACUGACUGAAAGGGAAAGUUGAUUCAGAUAUUAGUGAUUGUUUCUUUUAACUACCCUAACCUGAGAUUCUGUCUCUCCUUCCCCUUCCCUUCCCUCCUCUUCUUUAUGGUUAAUGAUUCCACCCAAGCCACGUGAGUUUAUUUUUUGUUUAAUCUGGCGUUUGCAAAAGAUUAACUUAUGAAAAAUCCGGUGUGGGAACAUUUUUAUAGCAGUUUUCACUGAUGUAGAGACAGCGAACAAAUGGACAAGUGUGACUGGAAACAUUUGGAGUAGAGAUUACAUGAAAAAGAGAUUUAAGUUCUCUAACCGAAAAAAAGAACUGUUAAAAGCCUGCAUACAGUUAUUGAAAAAUGUAGGUCAGCACUUUAUUUUAUUUAGUUCUUUUUAAAAUAAAAGAUUACGAAGGUUGUGCCAUUCAGAAGAUAAGAAUUUUCGUUGUAGGUGAACGGUUUAGUUCUACUGUGAUUUCUUGCAAGAAUUCACACAAUGAAAGAAUUUCUAUAUAGCAUUUAAUACAGACCGUUUCUGAAAUGUGAGCCUUAAACAAUUUUGAAUGGAGCUGGGAUGUUUAAAAGUUGAAGUUACAGAAAUCGAUGAACAUUUGCAAGUUUGUUCUUGUUAAAAUGCCCUAAAGGUUGGCAAAGCAUGCAUUUGAAAGAGAAUGUCAUAUGUGUAAAACUGGCCAUUAUGAAGAACAGGCUUCUGUCUUUCACAAGGCUUUGUUUUAAGAAAGCAUUAUUGUGUAAUUUGGUUGAAAGUGUAAUGGUGUUUUCUGUGUGACCUGCUGGGGGUUUUAUUUUGUUUUAGCAGAUAGGCAUGAUAAUGAUGAACCUUUUAUUUUUCUUUCUGUUUUUGCUUCCCUUUUAAUGCGAUUUGAACUGGUACGGGACCCUUUUUUUGUAGCAGCUGCUUUCACGGUAUCUCUCCCGCCCUGUGCUUUGUGACACUUGUUCUGUUGUGGAUUCCUUUCUUUAAAAUAAAAGGAAAAAGAAGAGGAAGAAAAAAAGCAAGUACUGCAAUCAGUAUUACUACUUAGACUGCAAUAAGCUGUGAAAAGUCCACGCAAAAACAUUGCAUUUUUGCAUUAGAUUAGUAAAUUUCAUUAGAUUUAAGUUGGGUUACCUGCCCUUGAAAUAUCCCAGGUGUUCUGUGAACUUAAUGCUGUUUGCAUGGGGCUCGAGAGAAAACCCAUGAAAAUGCUUAACUGAUAUUUAUCUGCAUUUAGUUUUCCAUCCCACCCUCCUUCCAAUUACCCACCCCCCCAAAGCCCUGCAAUGGAGAUGGAUGCAGAAUUGAUAUGCAAUAAUUUGUGCUGGGACGCCUGUUGGAGAUAUGCUGUUAGUUCACUUAUCGUUUGUUUUUGGUUCCUGUUCAUAUACAGGCCGACAGUUACUGAGUUUCAGUAUACGUAUGCUACUCUUGUGCAUUGGGAUGCAUAUUUUGUUUAUGCAGUUGGUAUGCUCUGGUUGUGCUGCUCUGUAGUUACGAAUUGACACCAUUCAAUGUCGUUGAAGGAUCGAAGACAAAAAGCAGCUGGUCUUGAUUAUUUCAAACUUGGAUGCAGCACAGUUAUCUUCUCUCCUGCCCCCCCCCCACCUCCCUCCCCCCUCUUUUCUAGCUCAUUAAUAACGUGCAAAAAGCUGGAUCCAUUUUGCCAUUUCCCUCCUGUGGAAAACAAAACAAAAUGUACAAAUGUUAUGAAUGCUACUGACCUGGUGUUAAAUUAUUUUGUGUAAUACUCUUUGAUACCUUUUCCCCCACCCCACAAACUGCGAUCUUGAGAUGACUGACUUUUCUGUUGCUCUGGAGUUCAGUGACUGUCUUGAAGAUCUUUCAUUAUUUAACAUUAUACACUGUAAAGAAAUGUGGGGAUCAUUUGCAACAUGAAUGGUAUGUUUGCACUAAAUAAGGGUGUUGAGCUUCAUGUAAGAUUGCGCUUUGCGCUGAAAUUUGUUACUUUCUUUGUAGAUUAUUAACUGAAAUCAUUCAAAUAAAAAUGAUCAAAAUCUG